AUCAACAUGGUCUCCUUUCUGUGGUUGGAAGCUUUCUGUGUUUCCCUGUUUUCCCAAGUGUUCCUGUCCCAGUGUAUUCAGGAACUCCAUGCCAGCAAGGAGACGAUUAUGAAGAUUUCAGCAGCUGCUCAAUUGAUGCAGUGCUCAGCCGCUGUGGACAUCUUAUUUCUGUUGGACGGCUCCUACAGUAUUGGGAAAGGGAGCUUUGAAAGAGCCAAAUACUUUGUGGUUAAAUUGUGUGAUGCCUUGGACAUCAAUCCAGAUAGGGUCCGAGUGGGAGCUGUUCAGUUCAGCGUGGCCCCGUGGCUCGAGUUCCCCCUGGAUUCAUGUUUAACCCGGCAGGAAGCAAAACACAAAAUCAAGAAGAUUGCUUUCAGAGGUGGGAGCACCGAAACCGGCCUCGCUCUAAAAUACAUUCUCCGGAAAGGUUUUCCUGGGGGGAGAAAUGCCUCCGUUCCCCAGAUUCUUAUCCUCAUCACCGAUGGCAAGUCCCAGGGAAAUGUCACUGUGCCUGCUCAACAACUGAAGGACAGGGGCGUCACAGUGUUUGCUGUGGGAGUCAGGUUUCCAAGGUGGGAAGAGCUACACCUAUUGGCCAGUGAGCCAAAUGAGCAGCACGUAUUGUUUGCAGAGGACGUGGACGAUGCCUACAAUGGUCUGAUGAGCACCCUCACCAGCUCUACAGUCUGCAGUGUCAUGUCUCCAGGCUGCAAGAUUCAGUCUCACCAAUGUGAGCGCAAGACUCUUGAAACUGUGAAGGAGUUGGCUGGGAAUUAUAUGUGCUGGAGAGGUUCAAAGAGAACAGAUACAGUGUUUUCAUUUCUCUGCCCAUUCUACAGGUGGAAGAAAGUUUUCAUAACUCAUCCGGCUGUUUGUUACAGAACUAUCUGUCCAGGUCCGUGUGAUUCUCAACCCUGCCAGAACGGAGGCACCUGUGUCCCAGAGGGUUUGAAUGCGUAUCAUUGUGUCUGCCCAGUGGGAUUUGGAGGGGAGGCCAACUGUGCCCCCAUCCUGAGCCUGGAGUGCAGCGUCGAUCUCCUGUUCCUCAUGGACAGCUCAUCUGGCACCAGCCCGGAGGCAUUCCUGCAGUCAAAAUCUUUCCUGAAGCGCUUCAUCCAGUCUGUCAUGAGCAGGGGCUCCCCGACCGGGGUUGGAGUGUCCCAGUACAGCCAGGAGGUGGAAGUGCUUGUGCCAGUAGGAGAGCACUGGGACUCAGCUGACCUGGUGAAGGGCGUGGAGGCCCUGCACCUUGGGGAAGGAGGUGCUCUGACUGGCCGGGCCCUGUGGCAUGUAGCCCAGCCUGGCUUCUGGGAGGCUUUGGACGUCACCGACGUCCUCGCUGACAAGCCACGGGUCGUGGUCCUGUUGGCUGGCACUGGUUCGCAAGACCCCGUAUCUGAGGCGGCGAGAUUUGCCCGAGACCAGGGCCUGUUCCUGAUCGCAGUGGGCAGUGAGGCCUUGGAAACGGAGCUGCAGGAGAUCACUGGCCACCCAAAGCGAACGAUAACCUACUCUGACCCCCAGAACCUCCUCGACAGAAUCACAGAACUUCAAAAGAAAAUCUGUAGCCUCGACAGACAAGCCUGUCAGGUUCCAUCGCUGGAUCUGGUCUACCUGGUGGAUGCCUCGGCUGCAGUGGGAAGCGAGAAUUUCACCCACACGCGGAAUUUUGUAAGAAGCAGCUCCCUGCGGUUUGACAUCAACCGCGACGUAACCCAGAUCGGGCUGGUGGUGUUUGGCCGCCGGAUCCAAACGGUGUUUGCCCUGGACACCUACCCGACCGGGUCGGGUGUCCUGGAGGCGGUCAGCCAAGUGCCAUUUGUCGGUGGGGUGGGCUCGGCCGGCACCGCCCUUCUGCAUGUAUACGAUGAGGUGAUGACUGUUCAGAAGGGAGCCCGGCCCGGGGUGAGCAAGGCAGUGGUCCUGAUUACAGACGGGACAGGAACUGAAGAUGCUGUCGUCCCGGCUCAAAAGCUCAGAAGCAACGGCGUGUCAGUGCUCGUGAUUGGGGUUGGGCCUUUUCAGAAGGAGGCCCUUCUCAGAAUUGCGGGGUCUCCCAGCUAUCUGGUCCAGGCUUCCUCCUACAAAGACCUCAAGAGCUAUGAAGACUCAUUCAUUGACAGAAUCUGUGAAGAGGCCAAGCAGCCAGUGAACCUGUGCAAGCCCAGCCCAUGCAUGAAUGAUGGUGUCUGCAUUCUGUACGAUGGCAGCUAUCGAUGCGAGUGCAGAGGCUGGGAAGGGCCCCACUGCGAGAACAAGAUUUUAAGAGGUGACACUCCCGGGCCACACGGUUUGCACCUACAGCAAGUGGGCUGGCAGCAGCUAUCUAGACCAAGGCACCUCCAGAAAAGGCACUCGUACCUGAGGAUCUGAACUGACAGAAACUUCUGGAUGGCUCCUGGUCACACAUGUCUGUCCUGUGGAUUUUUGUCACAAUGUCAUCUUCUAGCCAGUAGCCUCCAGAAACCGGAUCUUGUCUGGUGCAUGCGUGGUCAUGGAGCCGGAGACCGAGCUGCGUGAAAACCCUGUGGCGGCAGAAUAAUUCUCCGGCAUCCAGAGCCUUUUUACAAAACGUAUUCUGUAUGUAUAUAAAUUUAAGCACAUAUUUAUUGUCGGUAUCUAGAACACUCCUCGUCCAAAAUUCUUGGGAGCAUUUCAUGUCUCUCAUUGGUUAUCUGAAAGGAUCUCUCCGCAGGCUGGUGUUGUUGGACAUAUUUGUGGCUUUGGUAGAGGUCUGCAUAGGGCAGUGAGCCCUGUUAGAUUUUGGCAGUGGUUGUGGUGGUGUUGGUGUGGGGAAGGGGAGAGAAGGUUUCCCUCUGCCCUCCUCUUUUAUAUUUGUAAUUCUCUUUCCUUGCUUAGUGCCACUCUCUCUGGAGACUGAACCUCUUGGCUAAGCAGGGAACCAAGAAAUGUUCAUUUAAAGGAGCAGUGUCAGCCCUCUCUGCAGGACAACUUUGAAUUGUUAAGCCAAAAAUAGCAGCCCUUAGACUUUGGAUUAGAAAAACAUGGAUUUUUCACCAAUGAGAUCAUUUGCAUAUUAGUCCACCCUGUUUAAAUAUGAAAAUCUUGACAUAAAAUAUACUAUGCAAACAUCCUAAUUGAAAAAAAAAAACUUUUCAUGAUUCAGCCUUCCCCACCAGAGCUGUAGCUGUUACUACGAUGGUGCUGUCACCUGACACUUGACAUCUGCAUGUUUAGACAAAGUGAAAAAACAGCUUUGGAGAAACCCCAGUUAAGGAGCGAGGGAGUUUGUGUGUGCUGCUUGGUCAGUGGCAACGCAAGACUAGGACCUCUGUGUUCUUGAACAGUUUUGCAAUGAGCAGCUGGUGCGUUGAUCACCUAGUGCUGUUAGGUACUGUUGAAACCUCAAGGGUUUCCUUUGCCAUUCUUUUUCCUCUUGUACUUUAUUUGGGCAGGAAAUUCUUAAGCGUAAGUACCUGAGGCAAAGAACUUCAAAAAUAUAGAUCAAGAUAUUCAGGUGUAUUUUUCAGGAGAACCAGUUGAUAGUUGUUUUUUUUUUUUAAAUGUAAAAGAUGUAAGAUUGUAGCAGGAAAUGGCUUGUGGGUGCCAAGCAGAGCUGGAUCCAGAACACUGUUUACUGGCUGAGAGUUUUAUCAAGGCCAGCAUGACAAGGAGUUGAUUCAGAGCAUGUCAGUUUGCUUUUUUGGCUUCAAGUUUUCCUACGUGGCUGUUUUGGUGUGGACCUUCUUUCUAAGGAGGCCUCCAAAAAUGCCCCUUUUGCUCCCCCAAACUCAGAACCUUGGGACAUGCAGAAAAGCCCCAAAUAUUUUUUUUUAGUAAUUGGAGAUUACAGUAGUUUUCCAUAAAAGGAAUUUUAAAAGCACUUUUAACUAAGAUCUAAGGGAAAACCGUUGGUUCAUCUGUUAUUAGCUGUACCAAAAGGUUACAUUAAGAACAUGAAUGAACUUUCCCCAUAAAAUUCUCCCAGACACUUCCCUCAAUACCCCAUUCUGUUUUGAAUGCUCUACUUUGUGUAGUUAGGUCUUUAGUCUUUCAUUUGAGAGCAUUUUCCUCACCUUCUGACUUUUGUCUUAAAACAUUCACUGAAGGUUUUCAGUGACACACAGCACUGGAGGCAGCAAUAUGCUAAAGAUACUUUUUAUUCACAAUUUGUGACAGUGUUAAAGGGAUGCUUUCCCUUCCCUUUCGAUUUGACAUUUUACUGUGUUAUGUAAAGUUUAUAAGGGGUCAUUUUCUAGCCCAAGCUUCUUGAAUGGAACAGCAGUUUUUCAGAAUAAGUUUUGACUUUCAGAUGCUUCCAGCAGAAAACACAGAUUUUUGGCUUGUUCCUGGCCUGACUAGUACAUAACAGGAAAUAACCAUCUGCUAUGGUCUCCAUAAAGAUUACUGUCUAGCCUGCCUGCAGUAAGGAUGGGUAAGCUUCCUCUUGGUUUCAUUCACAUUAGUGGAAUAAGGGUGGAGGUGUGUGUAUGUGUGUAUUUCUUUUUUUUAAAGCAUGGAAGUCUUUCCUGUUAAGGGUGUAUUAAAGCCCACGUUUAAGUAAAACA